AUGGGAACCCCAGCUCUUAAAGUUUCUGCUUUCAUUUGCCAAAGCACAACAACCUAUGAGAUUGAAACUGCUCCUAUUCCCAUUUUUCAGGUGGAGAAAAUGAAGCACAGAUUAAGGAACACAUCACACGUCUGGGGCGCCCGGCGAGUACCCGCGCGAGCGGAGAGUGUCAGAGGCAGAAGCAGCAGCAACAAAGUUCCCGGGGCUUCUCCGAGGCUGCUGUCCGGGUUGCCUGUUUGGCCGCCCCUUCCCUGCCUGGCGAAGGCAAUGGCUUCCAAACUCCUGCGCGCGGUCAUCCUUGGACCGCCCGGCUCGGGCAAAGGCACCGUGUGCCAGAGGAUCGCUCAGAGCUUUGGCCUCCAGCAUCUCUCCAGCGGCCACUUCUUGCGGGAGAACAUCAAAGCCAAUACCGCUUGGUAAGACCCUGGGUAUAGCCCAGGUCAAGGUGAUGAGGGAGCAGAAGGCUGGCUGAAGACAAAGCAUAACCUGACA